AUGUCCAUGAUCAAAAAGUUGCAGACGAUCGAACUUCUUUCUCACGACAACACCACCGCAAUCAUGAGCGCCAUCAACAAGAUCGCGGCCAACAGCCCUUCGCGCCAAAAGCCAUCUGAGCUUGAGACCAGCAUUGCUGGCGCUCUUUACGACCUCGAGACCAACACCACCGACCUGAAGGCUGCUCUCCGACCCCUUCAAUUCGUGUCCGCAAAAGAGAUUGAAGUUGGCCACGGCAAGAAGGCUAUUGUCAUCUUUGUCCCCGUCCCAUCCCUUCAGGGCUUCCACAAGGUGCAGCAACGCCUCACCCGUGAGCUCGAGAAGAAGUUCUCCGACCGCCACGUCCUAAUCCUAGCCUCGCGCCGCAUUCUCCCCCGCCCCAAGCGCUCCAACCGCUCCCGAACAUCCCUCACCCAAAAGCGACCCCGUUCGCGAACACUCACCGCCGUUCACGACGCCAUCCUCUCCGACCUCGUCUACCCCGUCGAGAUCGUCGGCAAGCGUCUCCGCACCAAGGAAGAUGGCAGCAAGACGUUGAAGGUUGUCCUCGAUGAGAAGGAGAAGGGAGGUGUGGACCACAGACUCGAUACUUACUCCGAGGUCUACCGGAAGUUGACUGGCCGUGGUGUUGCUUUUGAGUUCCCUCAAGGUGGUGCUUCCGAGUACUAG